AACAAACAUAAAUAAAUUUAAAAUGUCUAAAAGAGACUUGUUUGCUGGCUCCGGUGACCAACUGAACUGGCUACUACAUUUGAAUUUCGUUAGGAAAGAUUACGACAAAUGCCGAAAUCUCUUAAGAGUUGACCACGAGCGUCAGUGCCAAAACGAGUAUGGUAGCUACGUGUUGGGUCUAGUCGCCAGAAUUGAUGGAGAUAUCAAUGAAUCCUUAAAACACUUCCAAACUGCCUCUGCCAUCAACUGCAAGAAUGUCGCAAACUUUAAACAAAUCGCCAAGUCGUUGUUUUUGCUGGCUCGCCACAAGGCAGCCCUGGAUGUCUAUAGCGAGGCUGAAAAAUUAUGCCAUAAUGAUUGGGAGUUAACCCACAACAAGGCUCUUUGCUACAUGUACCUCAAAGACCUCAACAAGGCCAAAGAAGUUUUAAAUGAAGCGAUACAGUACAAAGACAGCCACCUUUCUCAUUCUCUACUUGGUGAAAUUUAUCAGUCUGAAAUGAACAUUAACAAAUCUAUCGCUGCUUAUACUAAAGCUUUAGCGGUGUUUCCAGAAAACGUGGACAUCUCUUGCACCCUUGGUCUCCUCUACCUACAAAUGGGUGAUUACAAGAACGCAUUCAGUCACCUCGGCAACGCAAUGACCUAUGACCCCGACAAUGUCAAGGCCAUAAUGGGAGCCGGAAGUAUGCUGCAGAUGCACGGAGAUCAUGAUGUAGCGCUCGCUAAGUACAAGCUGGCCGUCAGGUACAUCCCUAAUAGUGGACCCCUCUGGAAUAAUAUAGGGAUGUGCUAUUUUAAUAAGAAGAAAUUAGUGGCCGCGGUCAGCUGUUUGAAGAGGGCUCAUUAUUUUUGCCCCCUCGAGCGCACCAUUUCGCAGAACCUCGUCCUCAUCUAUCUCUACAGCCAGCAAUACGCAUCAGCAUUCAACUUCAUCACGUCCGCCAUGUUUCUCAGGUUCAAAUCUGCCCUGCACUACUUUUUAUUGGCUGUGCUAUAUGAACUGAUCAAAAUGGCAGAUAAAUUGCAUCAUUACCGUUAUAUAGUUCUCACAAAACAAAUUCGCACAGUGACCUUAUCGCACCUGAAAGAUAGGGAGAACUCAAAGCAGGCUUUUAAGCAGGCUCUGCAGCUGGACGACAAAGACGCCCUGAUAAGUUUGAACUUUUCAAUAUUCCUGUUCAACAACGGAGACCACAAGUCUGCCUCUGAGCAGUACAACAGCUACAAGUCUAAACUCCAGCAUAAAAAUUACGAGAAUGACAGUGAGGUUCGUGAGGCCAGUGAAAAGCUCUGUUCUGCGCUACAUCUUGGCAGUGUUUAA